AAGCUUGUGAAGAAGGUGCAAGAUAUGAAAGAGCGUCAAGAUAGUCUGGAUGCGAACACGCGCAUGACAUAGCUGCUAGGUUUUCUUAUGGCAUUGGUUUUGAACCCCGGUGAGAGCCGAAUUGCACAAUUUGAAAAGAUCGCACAGCGCAGCUAGUCUGCUUCACUUCCUGGAACCCACCUCCUGUAAAGUAAGCCUAACCAUGGCGGAGCUUGCGCCUGCCAGUGGAUACAAUGUCCCUGACUUCACAACUCAAAUUUCUGGAAGGCUCGAAUAUCCAAUUGCAUCUGGAUCGUUCAGCGAAGUUUAUCUGCUCACCAUCAAGUCCAACGAAGGCACAAUGGAGGUCGCAGUGAAGGUGUUCAAGAUUGACCAUCGGAGAGCUAUGGAUAAAAUUCAACAUACAAUGCGUCGGGAGCUCAAGGUGUGGCUCAGACUGUCCAAACACCCAACUAUCGUGCCGUUACUUGGUAUCGCACACGUCGGAUCUCUAUUGCCGGCUCUUAUUUCUCAAUGGAUGCCAUCUGAGACAUUAGAUAGGUGAAAUUACCGCAUCCGCUAAAGUUGAAUUGGCCAAGGGCGU